AUGUCAACCGCAGAUACCACUAUCGAUACCGGUAGUAGUGAUACGACACAAGAAGAACUCCCCUUGGUGCUGUCACUGUCGCGUCAUUUGGGAUCCACCAGUAGCUCGUCGGAUGUGCACUUGAUCUUGGCGAGUCAAAGUCCCCGCCGAAAAGAGAUUUUGGACAUGAUGGGCUUGCAGGGGAAAUUCACUCCCACUCCAUCUCCUCUGGAUGAAUCGGCCUUGCAAAAACAACUCGCAAGUUUGCCACCCGUCGAGUACACGCGUCGGUUGGCGGAAGAAAAAGCCAAGGCAUUGGCCAUGGACAUGACGGGCGGCAGAAUACCCAAACCCACGUUGGUACUGGGCAGCGACACCAUUGUCGACUUGGAGGGCACCAUUUUGGAAAAACCAACUGAUGCCGCGUCCGCCAAAGUCAUGCUACAGGCACUCUCGGGACAACGACAUAAUGUACACACGGGGGUAGCACUCUAUUUGGUCCAAAACCAGGAAGAGCCAAAACUCGUGGCGUCCAUAACGGACACGGCCGGGGUCCUCUUUGCGCAUCUCCGAGAACAUGAUAUCGACGCCUACAUUCAAACUGGAGAGCCCAUGGACAAGGCUGGGUCGUAUGGCAUUCAAGGAAUCGGUGGUCAGUUUGUGGCCAAUGUGAGCGGGGAUUUCUUCACCGUCAUGGGACUUCCCAUGCACAAGACCAGUCAAAUGCUGGCCAAGGCAAUCAAGGAUGUUCUACAAUAA